UCAUGGUUUUGUUAAGCAGCGUUUCCUGCGAAACCAAGACUUAGUACCUAUUUCAGCUUCAUUGUCAAUUACUAAAUUAUUGCUUAUUCAGAACAUAAAAUAGUUUUUGUAAGGUGAAGGUACUAACUAGAUUUGCGUAUUCCUCUCGCAUUAAGUCUGCCCAGACAAUGCCACUCACGAUCGACAAAGUCAACGACUUCAGCAAACUUCUACGAGAUCACAAUAAAAAAGUGCAGGGCUUCCUAAAACAGGACGAGAUCGCGUACAAUGCAACUGGAAAACUGAAAAAAAAGAAUAGGGCGUGCCAGAUACAUCACGUACAAGGAAGUUUCACCUGCUUGUCCGUGUAUGAAAAAUCUCAUCCGACCAGUGUUUUACUGUACGCAUUUUCCGAAAAAAUUCUUGCGAUAAAAGAUCUAAGAAAACAGAUCUGGUGGUGUUAUGGAUCUGACAAGGAUGAGAAACUUGAGGUUACAACUUAUUGGAGGAACGAACAGGUUGGCGAAGAGUUUGGGGUCCUCUCUCUGGUUCUUGCUGCCGAGUUGGUGGUAAACGACAAGUCUUUGGGAAAAAGCAGUAAAAACAUGUACGACGUUAACCAUGUGUCAAUUUGGAUCGACAGCUGCUUAUUUGCAAAGAAAAUAUUGCCGAUGAAUCCAUCAAUGUUUACCGCGGAUGAUAUGGGCUGCAAUGUUCUUACAGUCACGUUGCCCCGACAAGACGUUCCGGGAUUGCCCCCAUUAGCGUCAGCACAACCUAAAAGAACGGACAGUUUUUCCAAAAUGAUCCGUAUUGGAGUAACCCGAAGCAACUCCACCCUCAGCAGGGCAAGCAGUGUCAGCGGCAGAACCAUGGCACCAUCUUCCGCCCUACCCGCGAAACUAUCCCCGGCACUAUCCACGGAAGUAGCAGAACAAAAAACACAAACAACAGAACCGAACGCGCCCCACACUGAACACCCAACCGAACCGGCAUCGUCCCAAAUAGGAGAGCAGAACAUGUCGCCACACAUUAUUCCGCACAUCGAAGUCUAUCCCGACAAUUUAUCUGACAACAUGACUCUUUCUAAUACCGGAAUAAGCCCAGGCCCCAGUCCCAAGGAAGUCCCUACGUUUGAAGAAAUAGCACUAAAGGAAUGGACUGGGAUGAUAAGGGAAUGGAAAAACGACCCCGGAUGGCCAUCACUCAAGAAUUUACGGGAAGCUGUAAAUGUCUGGUGCGAGAGAGCAAAUCAAAGGGCCAAGGAGCUGGGACCUACAGCUCCAGAUAAGGAUCGUCUGGCGGGGUUGAAGUCGCUUGAUUCGUCAUAUAUCCCGCUUGAUCUUGAUCCAACGGCAACUUUCUGUUGUCAGAUCCACAAUAUAACCCGAACUGAUUUCGUAUAUUCCCUAUGGGAUAAGGAGAAGAGCCAAGGAAGUAAACCGGUUAUAAAACUGUACGAUCCUUGUGCUUCACUGCGCGAUUUCAAGCUGACAGACAGAAUAAAGGAGCAGCUGUGGAACUGCUAUGGUGGAAAUAAUGCUGCGAUUACCAUUAUUCGCAUGCCUUUGCAAGCCGUGCCUAGUGAUACAACUUCCACCAGCUACUACAGUGCCGUUCUGGCAAUGGCCUGCGCUGCAGAUACAGUUUUCAUAAAACCGAAAGAUCCUUGUCUGACCAAUUAUAACGCACCGGGACUGCAAGGCUGGGUUGGCACUUGUCUUCGUGAUUUGUGUGGACCAUCGACAUCAGCACUAGCGUCACCCAAGAAAUCCAAUCCCAAGAGUGGCCCAACCCCGUAUGAUAUUACUAAAACAGAAGUCACAGAAAUUAAAAAAAGGGCAGAAGAACGCUACGAUCUGUUUGAGUACUUUCAAAAUCCACUUCCUCUCUCGGCUUCUGGUACGCCACCUCCACAUGACGAUGUGAUGCAGCAUAUAAGAACAACUGAGGAAAGGGGUCCGAAGGUGAAAAGAGGCGACCGCACCUCUCUUGUUUCCUCAGUAGCCGAUCAAAAUACGUCUAAAGGUCCUAAAAAAUCGGUGAAAGGUUCCAACGAGUCGGCUUCCCAUUGCUACAUGGACGCGGGCAAAGGCAUAAUUAUGUGGGAGAAUAUGUCAGUCACCACAGGAAAUGAUGCUCAUGUUGACCAAGCAUUAGAAGCUGAUUACUCGUCACAGCCACCACAAAAUCUUGGUUACCCCGCGUCUUUCCGGAUAUGGUUUAGGUUAUACGAACGAGCCGGACUCAGCCAAAACAAUAUGAAGGAAGAAAGAGGGCGACCCUGGGUGUAUGUUUGCGUGACUGAGAAGAUGGCUAAAAUAAUGGCGGAGAUAUCCGGACACAAGAAGGUUCUACUUUCCAGUUCACCGGGAUUUGGUAAAUCCACCACGGCACUGAUCGAAGCGCUCAUUCGCGUAACUGAAGGACAUAGCUUGCUUUGGAUUCAUCUGAACCGCGCGCGUGACGAUCACCGUUCAAUGCUUGUCAAAUUUAAAGCAAACGACUUGACAGCGUUCUCUCACGCAGAAGUUUCGAUCAAGGACAUAGAAACUGUCUUGGUAAACGAACUUCGGGAUAGUAAACCGGACAUUGUUGUACUCGACGGCAUUACGCAGGAAGGUCACGCCGACGGUCCUUACUCACAAUUCAUGGGAUCCAUAAGUCAAUAUUGCCGGCAAUCUCACGAAAGCGGAAAUUCCAAAGUUCGCUAUAGGUUUGUAACAUCUUCUCCGGGAUAUCUAUCGUACAAUUCCAGCGGGAUCCAUCGUAUUGAAAUGUGGGCACCGCAUUUAAAAGAAUACUACACAGCAGUGGAAAACCCGCAUUUCUUGGCAUUUGUCUGGGACGACCUGGUAAAAGAUUUUGCAUACAGUGAACCAAACGAUUUACAGGCUGCCUACUACACUUCUUUGUUCGACCAAUAUGAAGAUCAAGAUUUUGAUCAGACAGCGGAUCUUGAUGGCAUCAAUCUGCUGCCUACUUCAAAGAAUGCUAAGAAAUUAAUUUUCUGCAAGUUUGAAUACGCUGGCAUGUCCUGGCGCUAUAUGUUCUUUACAACACUGGAAAAAAUCAAAACGGAUAUCAGAGCGGCCGUGGAAAAUAUAAGCACAAAGCAAUGCGAAGAAUACCUCCUCAAUCCGCCCGGGCAUUACAACACAGCAACAAAGCAUUCGCUGUUCUGCCGCACUGACGAAACAGACUCUGGAACUCUUGUCAGUUCCUACGCUAAGCAACUGAUGAGUUACAAAGCCGGACCAGCCGCUCUGAAAAAUAUUAAGAAACUCCUGGGCCGAGACAUGAAACCUACUAUGAAAGGUGAUUUCUUCGAACUGAUGUUUUUUGCCACAAUCAAGAGCUACUCCAUUGCCGUCCGGCUAAGAGGGGCCGAUGAAAAAGUCAAAGAGAAUUGGGACAGAACUUGGAGGGGACCGAUCUAUGAAGCACAAUGUCAUUCAGGGAUGUUCGAUGGCAUUUUUGUGCCGGGUGGCCACGAAGACCAGUGGGACGCUGCGACAAAGUCCAGCCCGUUCUGGAUUAGGCCAACAAUGCCGAACAAUCCAGGGUUUGAUGCUGUUUUCAUCAAUUACCCGGAAGGAUUGGUUCGGUUCGUCCAGGUGACGCGAGCAAAAAAACACUCGUUUGAAGGAGGUCACUACCUGUCCUUCGGCCGGAAACUUGCGGAGAGGUUCAAGAAGGCUGACAGAUACAUAAAGAAAGCUGAAAUUUGCUAUUUACUGAACAAUGACGCUGCAAUCAAAAAUAUGCCAACCAACACCGAUUUAAGAGAUACCCGGAGUGGGCAAAUAGCACAGAAUUAUCCAUUCCCAUUGAAUAAGAAUACGAACGAGCCAAUUGUGGAAAUAGCACCAUACGUGCUGCGCCUUGACCCGGAGCCACUGGAUAGAAACGAGCAAAUUCGACAAAGCUUCCACAGGAAAACAUCAAGCACGGUGAUUUCGGAUGUAAGCGAACAAGCAGUCAAAAGACUGGCUGUGGACAAAAUUAAAGUACAUUUCGUUCAGAAUGGCUUCCUCGACGCUCUGAUGAGAUGUAGCCGACUAAAAGGAUACGACACCAAAGGCGACCGAUGGUCCAAUUUUUCUUCCCACGUCUACCGCCUUUUGCAUAAUCCAGAGGUUGUCGGAUUACUUGAACAAAAGGGAAUCGGAAACUCUGAAAGGACGCCACAUGAAAUAUGCACCUGGUGGCUAACGAAAGAACGGAUCAUGGAAGAUUAUGAGACCAUGGCAGUUGUUGCUAGUCACGUGUUGGCCCUUGACAUAACUAUUCAUGUUCCACAAAAAGACCAACUCCUUUACAAAAAAACAUUUUAUUACGAUAGUGAAACUAAUCCAUCAGAAGAGAGCCUGCAUAUUUUUUGCGACGAAAAGACAGACAGCUAUGGAGCCGUGAUACACCCCGAAGACGUCCCCAUGGAGCCUCCCGCCGUGGAGCCUAUGGAGGACGAAGAAGAAACGUGAUUAACCGGAGAAGGCGUUCUGCGUACACCAAGGGUAAUAAUAAAAUUAAUAAACAGAAUCUAUGAAAUUUUAUCAGUUUUAGUGCGGCCCUGCAAUUGUCCAAGUUCUGCAAUAUUUAAUCAAACCAGACAAACUACUGUCCUUCUUGAAGAGUUUUAGAGAAUGCUUAAUAAAGAAUGUGUACACUC